AUGUUAAGAGCAAUUAAUCAAAAUAGUGCUAAAGUUGUAAAGUCCUUAAAACAACAAUUAGUUGUCUUGGAAGCAACAAAUGUAGUUGCAUACACUGGUACUAAAUCUUUCACCACAACAAAAACUUUCAACAAUACUCAAACCAAACCAAAGAUUUUCACCUCAUCAAAUGUUUUAUCAUUUUCAUCACCAUCAUCAUCAAAUGUUUUCAGCGAAAUUUUAAACAAACGUUCUUAUUCAUCAAAAGGUAAAGAAAUUACUAUGCCAGCAUUAUCACCAAGUAUGACUGAAGGUAAUAUUGUUCAAUGGAAAAAGAAAGAAGGUGACCAAAUUAAAGCAGGUGAUGUCAUUGCAGAAGUUGAAACUGAUAAAGCAACUAUGGAUUUCCAAUAUGAAGAUGGUAAUGGUUAUUUAGCUAAAAUUUUAAUCCCAGAAGGUACUAAAGGAAUUGAAAUUAAUAAACCAAUUGCAAUCAUUGUAUCAAAGAAAGAAGAUAUUGAGUCAGCAGUUAAAAAUUAUAAACCAAGUUCACAAGCUUCAUCAACUCCAGUUCAAGAAGAAGCACCAAAACCAAAACAAGAAGCACCAAAAAAAUCAACUAAAACUUACCCAGCUCAUAAAGUUGUAGGUAUGCCAGCAUUAUCACCAAGUAUGGAAACUGGUGGUAUUGCAUCAUGGACAAAGAAAGAAGGUGAUCAAAUUAAAGCAGGUGAUGCAAUUGCUGAAGUUGAAACUGAUAAAGCAACUAUGGAUUUCCAAUAUGAAGAUGGUAAUGGUUAUUUAGCAAAGAUUUUAGUUCCAGGUGGUACAUCUGGUAUUCAAAUUAAUCAACCAGUUUGUAUUAUAGUAAAGAACAAAGAAGAUUGUGAUAAAUUUGCUGAUUAUUCAGUUGAAGAACAAUCAUCAUCAUCAUCAUCAUCAUCACAAGAAUCAACUCCAUCAUCAUCAUCAUCAUCAUCACAAGAAUCAACACCAUCACAAUCAUCAUCACAACAAACUACACGUAAAUCUGGUGAAAGAAUUUUCGCUACACCAGCAGCAAGAUUUGAGGCAUCAUCAAAAGGAUAUGAUCUUUCAGCAAUCAAUGGUACUGGUCCAAAUAAUAGAAUUCUUAAAGCUGAUGUUUUAGAAUUUGUACCACAAAAACAAGAAGUUGCUCAACAACAACAACAACAAACUACUACCACCACUAAAAAACCAACUACACCAACUUCAUCAGGUGAAUUCACUGAUAUUCCACAUAGUAAUAUUCGUAAGGUUACUGCAGCUCGUCUUACAGAAUCAAAACAAACCAUUCCACAUUAUUAUCUCACAAUGGAAUGUCGUGUUGAUAAACUCUUAAAACUUCGUUCAGAAUUGAAUGCAAUGAACACUGUUAAAAUCUCUGUCAAUGAUUUCAUUGUUAAAGCAUCCGCUGCCGCCCUUCGUGAUAAUCCAGUCGUAAAUUCAACAUGGACCGAUCAAUUCAUUAGAAGAUAUCACAACAUUGAUAUCAACGUUGCCGUCAAUACACCACAAGGUUUAUUCACUCCAAUCGUUAGAGGUGUCGAUAUGAAAGGUCUCAACUCUAUCUCAACCUCUGUUAAACAAUUGGCUGAAAAAGCUCAAAAUGGUAAAUUACACCCAUCCGAAUUUGAAAGUGGUACUUUCACUAUCUCUAACUUGGGUAUGCUCGGUAUUAAACAAUUCGCAGCAGUCAUCAAUCCACCACAAGCUGCUAUCUUGGCCGUUGGUACCACAGAAACUCGUGUCGUUUUAAGCAAUAAACCAGACUCACCAUAUGAAACCGCUACCAUUUUAUCCGUUACCUUAAGUUGUGAUCAUCGUGUUAUCGAUGGUGCUGUAGGUGCUGAAUGGUUAAAGAGCUUCAAAGAUUAUGUUGAAAAUCCAAUCAAAUUAAUCUUAUAA